GGGAUUGAAAAAAUGGAUAUUAACAGGAGGUGAUUUAGUUUCAGUGUGUGGUGUUUUCUUUAAUCCCAUGUAAUAUUUCUGUUCCUGUCAGGGUCUCAUGAUUCCUCAACUGUGACAUUAUUAUCAUCUUGUUUUAUUUUCUGUGGCUCUAUUUCUUCAAUCUCCCACAGUGUCAUUUUGAUUGUUUCUAAUAUUCCUUUAGGGAUUAACAUUACUGUGAGAAAAUCCCUUUCAAACUGCUCAUUCCGCGGGUCUUCGACACGAUAAAAAGUUGACAUAUAUACAGUAUUGUUGAAACUCCAGGCUUGUGCCUAUGUAGAUCAGUAGGCUACCAAGUUGGCCAUAAUUAAGACACUACACUUCCGGAAAUAACCUUCAAAAUAAAACUGAGUAUGGUUAGAUUAGGUGUGGUCUGCCACUUUUUUUCUGUAAUUAUCCAACCACCAUUUAAUUUAUUUUCCGAGUUGUUGUUUUUUUUUAAAUUUUAUUUCUCUUGAUAUGACCUAGAUAAUUCCAGUUGUUUUCAUACUUACAGUUAUAGAUUGCAAAUAAAAUCAAUAACAACAGCAAUAUGGUGACAAAAAUAUUAAUCGUAUCAUUUGCCACUGUUUUGGUCUUUAAUGUGAGAUUUAUUUGCACCUCUGCUUCUGCAUUCCCAGAAUAUAUUCAUGUUUAUGCAUGUAAGGUUAGGAUGAGCCCAGGCCUGUGUAACCACACUUCUGCAUACAACUGUAAAAUCCUCUGCAGUCAACACCUCAAAAGACAAACAUAAUUGUUAUUGAUUAGUAAGUAUCUAUAAAUAUUACAUGUUAUAUCCCUAUACAAUAACCCUGUAACACUAAAAACAUCCUCCAUACCUAAAAAUUAUAUUCAACUUUUAAACUGAGCAGGCUGUGUAUACUGUAGAGAAAUUAGUCAAAUUCUUUGUAUGCUUAACACAGUUGGCCAAUAAAAUAGUCUGAUUGGGAUUUAAAAUGUUCAAUAAAACCCACAGUAGUUACACAAUAUCUUACUUUUGCUGCAGAGGCUGGAUUUACUGUUUCUCUUCGGAAAUCAGAAAAAUGUCACAGUGCUUUUAUUUUGAAGCCACACUUCUAAGACUUCCGGUAAUUAGGUGGAUUUCUGUCGCCAACUUUCCUCCGGGAGUCGGAGCAGCAGUCUGCAUCUACACACCGCCGACCCGCUGCUCUGGUCUCCGAUGAGCGACACUGUCAUCUGAGCAGGAUCAUGGAAUAAACAUGGCCCACAACAGAAGCUUUUUCUUUGAAGCCCUGGAUAGAUCAGAGGCCAGGCGAGAUGGAGGGUACAAGCACAACUGGAGCUUUUCUCUUUCUGAUGACAGUGAAGAGGAAAGGAGACAUGAUGCGAGUGUGGUGAGCAUGGAGGACAUGGACAGGCAGCCGCCCUCCUCCCCCGAGGAGAAAAAGUCUCCCACCCUUAGGCACUUCACUUCCUCUGAUCCCUUGAGAACGUAUGAAAACCGGCCAAAUAAUCACAUGAGGCCUCUGAACAAGCUGGGACCCAAAAAGCUCAGCGAGGUCCCUCUCUCAGUAGCAACGUCCUCCCCCAUGCCCAACAGAACCAACUAUUUCAUCAUCAGCCCCACGCCGUCACAGGGAAUCGUCUUACAAGGGCGGCACUUUCAGCACGCACAAAUGCCCUCUGCAAUAAGGAAACCAGUCCAAAGCAGCCUCGACUUGAAGGAAAGAAGCGACUUCUCCACCACACAGCAGGCUGUAGAAGUGGACAGCAUCGUCCUCACCUGUCCGGAGAUCCCAGAAGACGGGACCCUGAACAUCAAGCGCCGCGUCCAGCAGAAGAGGAAGCCGUUGGAGGGCUGCUGUAGUUUCCCCUCGCAGGUCAAAGCAGCAGAGCCCCUCCGGCCGACCAUGUAUCAGUCAGUGUGUGUGAAGUGCAACAAGCCGAGCGAGGACAGCAGCAAGUGUCAGAGCUGCGGGAACGGCGCGGCGCUGCUGCCGUGUCAGCAGGCCACGCUGUCGUCCCCGACCCCCCGACCCCCCAUCAGAUCCCAGCCCUCCCCCGGACCAAACAGCCUGCAGAGGAGCUUCUCCACGACCAUGAGGGCGCCCCGCGGGGAGACUCUGCCCAUACGCAUCACCACCAGCAGAGGAACCCUGCUGCCCCUCAACAACGGCAGGGCGCCUCUGUUAGCCGGGACGUCGAGCUGCUGCGGAGCCAGGAACCCCCCCAAAGGGAAGAGGGCGGCGGCCCAGCAGCACGAGCUCAACGACCCCAUCGUCCUGUCCAGCGACGACGAGGACGAGGCCGACAACGCCAGCACAGGAAGCGUCAACAGGCUGGACAGCGUUUCCCCUCGACCCGCGGACUCCGCCCACUCCUCGCCGGCGCCCUCCGGAGGCAGAGUGGAGGCGGCGGUGAAGAGCGCCGGAGAUCAGGAUCCGGAGAUGAACACCGAGUUCUUCGAGGACGUCAACAUGAAGAUCACGAUACCGCGGAGAGCUCGGAUGAAGGAUCAGUUUGGAAAUCAGCCCCCCGAGCAGUUUUCACCGAGGACAAAGAAACCCAAAUUCAUGUCCAGCAAGUGUGACAGCAUCAUCCUGGAGUGUCGGAGCGUAAGAGUAGGAACUCUACGCAGGAUGGUGACGAAGCCCGUCGUCUUUUCCAUCGACCACAUCCAGCUGGAAACUGAAGGUCCGGAGCGCGACACCAUAGAGAAGGUGUGUCUGCAGGCGUCGGAGCUGAUCAGCUGCGAGUGGUGCAGCGUCCGAAAGCUUCCCGUGUUGUUCUUCCAGACGACUCCGGAGGAGUGCACCCGCCUGCGCACGCAGCUCAACAUGACGGAGGAGAAGGGCGGGCAGUGGUACGACUGCGCCGGGGACCAGUCGGACGAGAAGUACAUCGUUCUGAUCUUCGAGAACGGGCUGGCGAUGAAGGAGCAGAUGAUCCUGGAGGACAUCCUGGGCGAGAUCGGCAGGACCAACAACCUCAGCAACUUCCCGGCCAAGCUGCCCUUCGAAGAGGCCAACAUCCGCCUGGUCAACUACAACAAGGCCACCAAGCAGAAGCAGGAGAAGACGAAGCCAAUACAAACUCCUCCCAAAAUCUCCCAGGUGUCCCCGGUCAGCAAGGUCACUCAGGUCACGCAGGUCGCCCCGGUGACGCCCGUCGCGAUGCCCGUACGCACACGGAUGGCCACCCGCCAGCAGACCAGCACGUUCUUUGAAGAAGAAGACGAGGACAUGACCGACCUCCAGCCCACCUUCUCCGGACCAAUCAUCAAACUGAUGGUGUAUCCUCCUCCUCCAGCCAAAGGUGGCAUAUCAGUCACUAAUGAAGACCUCCACUGCCUUAAUGAUGGAGAAUUCCUGAACGACGUUAUCAUAGACUUUUAUUUAAAAUAUUUAGUUUUAGAGAAAUUGAAAAAAGAAGAUGCACAAAGAAUCCACGUGUUCAGCUCCUUCUUCUACAAGAGGCUGAACCAGCGAGAGCGGAGAAACGUUCCGGACACGACGAACCUGCCAAUCCAGAAGAGGAAGCACAACAGGGUAAAGACGUGGACUCGGCAUGUGGACCUGUUCCAGAAGGACUUCAUCUUUGUUCCCAUCAACGAGUCAGCUCACUGGUACCUGGCCGUCAUCUGCUUCCCGGGCCUGGAGGGUCCGGUGUACGAGCACAACCCGCUCUACCAAGGCCGGUUUCCAGCCUCCCCCUCGGCCGCCGACCCCACAUCGGAGGAGAACAUCCCGGACCACUGCCGCCCUCUGUCCCCGGACAAAGACGGGCUGGACAGCUCCUCGGAGCAGCCGUCCCCCGGCGUCCCCGAGGCGUCUGGAGACGGGCAGCCGGACGGCGACCUCGCCAAGGAGAACUCCGCCUUCACAGACGGCGGACAGGAGCCUUCCGGUCCUCCCGCCACGUCCCGCAACGGCCAGGCCGACACAGAGCAACAAUACACCAGCGAGUUGCACAGAAUCAGUGUUUGUUACAGCUCAAGAAAAGGAGACGACGACACCUUCACCUUCUCUGACGACCAAAGCUCCUGUCAGGACGAGUGCAGCGAGGACGGGACUCUGGCUGAAGACACUCUCACCUCUGACACGUCUGUUCUGGCGUCCAAACCAAGCCUCUGCAGACAGCCUUGUAUUCUCAUCAUGGACUCCCUGCGCGGCCCGGCCCGGUCCACUGUGGUGAAGACCCUGAGAGAGUACCUGGAGGUGGAGUGGGAGGUGCGUAAAGGGACUCAGAGGAGUUUUGGGAAGGACGUGAUGAAGGGCUCCAGCCCACGUGUGCCUCAGCAGGACAACUUCAGCGACUGUGGAGUUUACAUCCUGCAGUAUGUGGAGAGCUUCUUCGAGAAUCCGAUUCCCAGUUUUCAUCUGCCGGUGAACCUGUCCGAGUGGUUUCCUCAGCAACGGAUGAAGACGAAGCGCGAGGAGAUCAAGGAUCUGAUCCUGAAGAUUCAGGCUCAACAAGAACUGGACAAGGAGGAGCCCGACCAGGUCGAGGCUCCGCCCGGCUCACCUGAGGAGCCGGAGAUCGAAGAGACUUCUGGGUCGACGGGCCUGCCGCCAAACCUACCCAUCAGCCCCUGAAACGACCCCACCCCCCUCCUCCUCCUCCUCCUCCUCCUCCUCCUCGCCCCCAAGCGGGUAGAAGGAGGGGGGGGCUGAACCUGAUGUACGCUGCUGGUUUCACUUCGACAUGUCUGAAACGGUCCUAAACUCCCUCCAUUAACCACACACAUCAAACACACCUUUAAAUUUGUAUUGAAUAAAACAUGAUCUGUAAAUAUG